GUCUCUAUUCCGCGCCGAACAACAGACUCUGCCAGCCAUGACCUUAUUACUACCCCACACACUCGUUUUAUUCGCCCUCACUUGGCUGUCUGCUCACGUCGAUGCUGGCAGCGUUGCCAAGGACGGGGCCUGCAGCCAGUCUGACAACCGACUCCAGGCGGGCACCUACCAAUUUUUCACCGACUGCGACUCGGAGACGUAUUGCGCGAGCAACGGGACCUGCGUGUUGAAAGGAUGUAGGAAGGACGAAUUCCCGUUCGGAUACCCCGAGGAUUCGAACGUGAUCCCGCCGAGGUGCAGCAAGGGGCAGUUCUGCCCGGACGAAGAGGACCAGUGCCUAGAUUUGCUUCCCGUUGGAAGCCCCUGUCAGUUUCAACGAGACGACGAGUGCGAAGGACCGCCCAACUUUCUGGAACUACGCGACACCAGCAACAAGGGUCUCAAUGUCAAUGGCUCGGUAUGCCUUAAUUACCAGUGCAUGUGGGCGAACAAGACCCUUGGUGAUGAUUGUAUCGUCGAAAACACCGCGUACAUCGGUUAUGCUUCGGAUGGCAGCGAGUUCAUUGAUAUCGUUUCUCGAGGCAAUUGCAAGAUCGGACUUUACUGCGACGCCACUAACUUGAAGUGCUCGGCGCAAAAAGCGGAAGGCGAAGACUGUGACGCGGAUAAGGAGUGCAUCUCCUUCAACUGCAUGUCUUCGGGCAAGUGCGGAAAGGAUGCGAGCGCUCCAUCAAAAGUGGCCAUCUGGGUUUACAUUAUCGUAGCCAUCGGCAUAUUUGGAGGCAUGUUUGGAACACUCCUUGCGCUGUUCAUAGUACAUCGCCGGCAACGUGACGUUGAGCGCGAAAAGCGCAUGCAAUACUGGCGCGAGCAGAACGCCUUCCGUCAGAACAUCCUGCAAAUGCGUGAGACCGCUCGCAACUCGGUGCUCACCUUGGGCAAUGCCAGUGCGCGCAGUACAGUCUAUAGCCGUGAUGGUGCGGCAUCGGAAGAUUCUCACAUGCCCAUGCUAGGCAAUAUGAAGUCGAGUGGGCUGCGGAACGAGUAUUCUGACGAUGGACAGUAUUCGGACGAGGGUGGCCUCGUCAUGGACCAUCACCACAACAAAUUCUGAUACCCAGGCUGUCGACGGGGUUAGGUCGGCAUUUGUACUCGGACGCUCUUUAGUGGCGAUGUAUACACUUUCGGAUUCAUCUGCGUUGGCGGUGUCGUUGUCCGACCGAACGUAGAUGAUGUCACUUUACUUUACAUUACUGCGAUCGG